AUGUCUUCUGACAAGACUUUCAGGAUCAAGAAGUUCCUGGCCACAGAACAAAAGCAGAACCAGCCCAUUCCUCAAUGGAUUCGGAUAAAAACUGGUAAUAAAAUCAGGUACAACUCGAAGAGGAGACAUUGGAGAAGAACCAAACUGGGUCUAUGAGGAAUCACACAAGAGAUGACUCUCAUAUUUAUGCUGUAUCCAGGUUGCCUACAUCUUUAAAUGAUUGAAAAGAUCGAUACUGUCUGGACAGUUGGGGCAUUUUAAUUGGAAAAUUAAUGGACUCAUGA